AUGAGAAGACCAGUAACCAUACCACUACUGGAGCAAACCCCAAAAAACCCAAAACCAGCGCUCUCUCCAAUCCCAAACCCAACACUUCCAAGAGCACCCAAAACCCCAUCAACCCCUCACCCAACCCUCACUCUCUCCCCAACUUCUAACCACACCCACCUCCUCAACUUCCUCAAAACCCAUAUAAAAAACCCACCUCUCACAUCCCAAACCCUCCUCCAUUUCCUCAAAUCCAAGCUCCACCACCACCCCACCUUCGCCCACUUCGACUUCCAUGUCUUCAACUGGGCCUCCUCCAUCGACUCCUUUCGCCACGACCAUUCCACAUUCGAAUGGAUGGCCCGCACGCUCGCAAUCACUGACCGCUUCGUCGAAUUGGGUUCUCUCCUCAGCUUCAUGGUCUCCAACCCUUGUCCUUGCUCGGAUGGUAUUUUCUCUUGCCCCAGAACAGAACCCAUUUUCCAAUUUGCCAUUAAUGCUUAUUGUAGAGUUGGGAGAUUGGUUGAUGCUGUGAAUGCGUUUGAUUCUAUGCGGAAAUUGAUUGAUGGGAGGCCUAGUGUUGUGGUCUAUAACAUUUUGAUUCAUGGAUUUGUGAAAUGUGGUCAGCAUGAUAAGGCUUUGGGGUUGUAUGAUAAGAUGAUGAAGGAUAGAGUUAAGGCUGAUGUGUUUACUUUCAAUAUUUUGAUUAGUAGUUACUGUCGUAAUUCACAAUUUGGGUUAGCCUUGGAGUUGUUUAAGGAUAUGAGAGAGAAGGGGUGUAGCCCCAAUGUGGUGAGUUUUAAUACUUUGAUUAAAGGUUUCUUUAGGGAGAGGAAGUUUGAGGAUGGGAUUGGGAUGGCUUAUGAGAUGAUUGAGUUCGGGUGCAAGUUUUCGAGUGUGACUUGUGAGAUUUUGGUUGAUGGCCUUUGUAGAGAAGGUCGGGUUUCAGAGGCGUGUGAGUUGUUGAUAGAUUUUUCAAGAAAAGGAGUGUUGCCUAAAUGGUAUGAUUAUCUUGGUCUUAUUGAGGUGCUCUGUAAGAAAGGAAAUUCGGGUAGAGCAUUGGAGGUUGUGGAUGAGCUAUGGAGGAAAGGAAAUGUUCCGAGCUUGAUUGCUUGUACCACUUUGAUUGAGGGUUUGAGGAGGUCAGCAAGAAUUGAUGAAGCUUUUGGAUUGAUGAAAAGGAUGCUUGAAGAAGGUAUAGUUCCGGAUAUUGUGACAUUUAAUUGUCUUCUUCAAGAUCUCUGUAAUCUGAGGAGAACAGUGGAGGCAGAUAGUCUUAAGCUGUUGUCUUCGAGCAAAGGCUUGGACCUAGACAGCACGGCUUAUAGCAUUUUGGUAUCUGGGUAUUCAAGAGAAGGCAAAAGGAAGGAGCAGAAACUGCUGGUGGAUGAGAUGCUGGAUAAGGGGUUUAUACCUGACCUUGGUACAUAUAACAGGCUGGCUGAUUGA